AGAGGUGGGUGGGAGGCGCGGGGAGCGCGUUCCAGGGCGGCUGCUCGCGGGUGGCCGCCGCCGGGCGCUGGGACCCGCGCGGCUCCUCCUCUUAGCCCCCCACCCCUUCCUCCUCCUCCUCCUCCUCCUUCUCGGCCCCGGGAAGAGGCAGGGCUGGAUCCCUCAGCCGCCGCUCCUCCUCCUGGCAGGCCCGCCGCGGAGUCAGCUGACGCCGGCGCUCCAGCCUCGCCUCCCCGCGCCGCGCUCUGCGCUCCCCGAAAGUGGCUGCAAGCCGGCAGCCCACUCUCGGGGUUCGGGGGACAGAGAAAGUGAUGUGCGCCCUCUGAAGCCUCGCCCAGCGCCGCCGAAGCAGCGUCACCUCUCCAACUUUCUCCCCCCACGACUCCCUGUCUCGACCCUGCCCUCGACCCUCCCCAAAGCCACUUGGGGUGCGCGCGCCUGGGUAAAGGGGGGUCGCCGGCUGUCGGGGAUGGCUUCCAAUUUUAAUGACAUAGUGAAGCAAGGGUACGUGAGGAUCCGGAGCAGACGUCUCGGGAUUUAUCAACGAUGCUGGUUAGUAUUCAAGAAAGCUUCAAGCAAAGGUCCAAAGAGACUGGAGAAAUUUUCUGAUGAACGUGCUGCAUAUUUCAGGUGUUAUCAUAAGGUUACAGAACUCAACAAUGUGAAGAAUGUCGCUCGAUUGCCAAAGAGCACCAAGAAACAUGCCAUAGGGAUUUAUUUCAAUGACGAUACUUCCAAGACUUUCGCUUGCGAAUCAGAUCUUGAAGCCGAUGAGUGGUGCAAAGUACUCCAGAUGGAGUGUGUAGGAACACGGAUCAAUGACAUCAGCCUUGGAGAGCCUGACUUACUGGCCACUGGGGUUGAAAGAGAACAGAGUGAGAGAUUCAAUGUGUAUUUGAUGCCAUCUCCUAACUUAGAUGUACAUGGCGAAUGUGCCUUGCAGAUUACAUAUGAGUAUAUCUGUCUUUGGGACAUCCAGAAUCCCAGAGUCAAACUCAUCUCUUGGCCGCUAAGCGCCUUGCGGCGGUAUGGACGUGAUACUACGUGGUUCACUUUUGAGGCAGGGAGGAUGUGUGAGACUGGUGAAGGGCUGUUUAUCUUUCAGACCCGAGAUGGGGAGGCCAUCUAUCAGAAAGUCCACUCUGCUGCCUUGGCCAUAGCUGAGCAGCAUGAGCGCUUGCUACAGAGCGUGAAGAACUCAAUGCUCCAGAUGAAGAUGAGUGAGCGGGCCGCUUCGCUGAGCACCAUGGUGCCCCUGCCUCGCAGCGCCUACUGGCAGCACAUCACACGGCAGCACAGCACGGGCCAGCUCUACCGCCUGCAAGAUGUUACCAGCCCUCUGAAGCUUCAUCGAACAGAGACUUUUCCAGCCUACAGAUCUGAGCACUGACAGUAACUGACAAGAAUUGUUAACACAGUUGUGAUGUGCCAGCUGCAGAUCCACCCAGGAGGUCACCGAAUGACAGCAAGGGAAGUGACAAAGAAGAAAAGCAGCUUAAAGUUCUGGCUAAUUGUGUGGUCAUUGGGAAACUCUGCAAUACAACAGUUUUCUUUGUUUUCUUGUUCUUUUUUAAAUUCUUAGUGUAAUUGAAACAUGCUCUAUAGAUAUUGACUUUGUGUUCCCUCUUUUUCAGCUGGACAGCAAGAAGUCAAUGUCACGAAAUGAUUUUCUAUUGUAGAUACCCUGUCCCUUGCACUUCUCUGAAUCUGUCCUUUUGUGGAUUCUUGUGAUUUUCCUUCCAAGUGUUUCAGUUGUAUGAGUCAGUAUUGACAAUAAAGUGGCUUUUAAUUAUUUGUUAUUUGUUUACACCCUAUUCCUCAGUUAUUAAUACUGUGGUUCUGAUUAACUACUGAAAAUUAUAUUUGAUUAUAUCACCAAUUAGUUAAAUCAGUGCUUUGACUCACUCUUACCUGUUCUGUUCAAGACUAUUCUUUCAAAGAACCCGAUAGGAUUGUUUACAGGGUUACAGUUUCUCUCUCAUAUGUUUUCUUCACCCUCUUACCCCCUUUUUAAAAAGCCUUUAUUUUGUUUGAAGUAUCUUCAUAAAACAUUUGAAAAUAAAAGAUCAUUCUUCACCCAUA